AUGAAUGCAGCUGAUGUUGUGGCCAAAUGGUUCCCUGUGACAUAUCACCAUGCUGAAAGGUUGUGGCCAAACGGUUUCCCUGUGACAUAUCACCAUGCUGAAAGGUUGUGGCCAAAUGGUUUCCCUGUGACAUAUCACCAUGCUGAAAGGUUGUGGCCAAAUGGUUUCCCUGUGACAUAUCACCAUGCUGAAAGGUUGUGGCCAAAAGGUUUCCCUGUGACAUAUCACCAUGCUGAAAGGUUGUGGCCAAAUGGUUUCCCUGUGACAUAUCACCAUGCUGAAAGGUUGUGGCCAAAUGGUUUCCCUGUGACAUAUCACCAUGCUGAAAGGUUGUGGCCAAACGGUUUCCCUGUGACAUAUCACCAUGCUGAAAGGUUGUGGCCAAACGGUUUCCCUGUGACAUAUCACCAUGCUGAAAGGUUGUGGCCAAACGGUUUCCCUGUGACAUAUCACCAUGCUGAAAGUUUGUGGCCAAACGGUUUCCCUGUGACAUAUCACCAUGCUGAAAGGUUGUGGCCAAACGGUUUCCCUGUGACAUAUCACCAUGCUGAAAGGUUGUGGCCAAACGGUUUCCCUGUGACAUAUCACCAUGCUGAAAGGUUGUGGCCAAACGGUUUCCCUGUGACAUAUCACCAUGCUGAAAGGUUGUGGCCAAACGGUUUCCCUGUGACAUAUCACCAUGCUGAAAGGUUGUGGCCAAAUGGUUUCCCUGUGACAUAUCACCAUGCUGAAAGGUUGUGGCCAAACGGUUUCCCUGUGACAUAUCACCAUGCUGAAAGGUUGUGGCCAAACGGUUUCCCUGUGACAUAUCACCAUGCUGAAAGGUUGUGGCCAAACGGUUUCCCUGUGACAUAUCACCAUGCUGAAAGGUUGUGGCCAAACGGUUUCCCUGUGACAUAUCACCAUGCUGAAAGGUUGUGGCCAAACGGUUCACCUAUGACCUGCUGGUAGUUGGUACUUUCAAAAUGCAGAGAAAUCACAUCAAAACUCAUUUUAAGUGUUAAGAAGUGUAUAUACUGUAGAUUUAGGGAACCAAAGGUUGCCCUGCUGCAUGUCACAAUUUAGUUAUUGAUCUGUGUUUCAUCUCUACGAAAUGGGAUUAGAAGGUAAAGUUAUUUUUUUUAA